AUGUUGACCAAAGAAGCCUUCGACAAUCAUGGAGGAGAGAGAGGAGACGUUCAGAUGAUCCUUAAUCCUAAGCUAGAUGAUACCAUUCUAAAAGUGGCUUCAUCAUCGGAUUUUCCAAAUGAAUUAACAACAGAACUCGAUAUAGAGAGAGAUAAAUACCCAUUAACUUCAAUACAAAAUGUUUCGCGGUCUAUCCCCUCGGUUUCGAGCGUUCCGAUACCAACCUUAACGGCCAGAGGUCUCGAUUUAAGACCCCCUUAUUUCAAUCUAGCCGAGGGCCGAAAAGUGGAGGCUAGCGCAACUUGUGGAGUUGGCGUUCAAUCUCCCGAGCUCUAUUGCAAAUUAAUAGGGGCUACAUCUAGUGAGCUCUGGACUAGACCCCACCUAAAUAUCAUACAAGGACAGAUAUGCGAUUAUUGUCAACCGGAUGACCAUCCAGCUGAAUACGCCGUUGAUGGAACGGAACGAUGGUGGCAGAGCCCUCCUCUUUCUAGAGGUCACGAGUACAACGAGGUUAAUUUCACCAUCGAUCUUGGACAGUCAUUUCACGUGGCUUACGUAUUCAUGAAAAUGGCGAAUUCCCCGCGACCCGCUGUUUGGAUCCUGGACAGAUCUAAAGAUCAAGGUAAAACAUGGCUACCAUGGCAAUAUUUUGCCGACACCGACAGUAAUUGCAAAAUAUAUUUCGGCGAAAACGUUAAAAAAACCAUCGAAUAUGAUGACGACGUUAUAUGCACGACCGAAUUUUCCAACGUCGUUCCUCUGGAAGGCGGUGAAAUUGCGAUAUCUUUAAUCAAUCACCGACCAAAUGCUCAAAACUUUUCUUACGCCACAAGACUCCAAGAAUUCACUCGUGCUACUAACAUAAGGUUGAGAUUGUUACGAACCAAAACUUUGUUAGGCCAUUUAAUGGCAUUAACUAGGCAGGAUUCUUCCGUUACUAGAAGGUACUUUUAUAGCAUAAAGGAUAUAUCCAUUGGAGGAAGAUGCGUUUGCAAUGGCCACGCAGACACUUGUGACAAAACCGAUCUUACGAAUCCCUAUAAAUUAGCAUGCAGAUGUCAACACGAUACAUGUGGACCGCAAUGCGAAUUUUGUUGUUCCGGUUUCAGGCAAAAACCGUGGAAACCCUCAACAUUUGAUAGCGUAAACUCGUGCGAGGCAUGUAAUUGUUUGGGACAUUCGAACGAUUGCGAUUAUGACGCGGAAGUAGACAGGAAAAGUUUGAGUUUGGAUAUAUUCGGUAAUUACAAUGGUGGAGGGGUCUGCAAAGAUUGCCAACACAAUACGCAGGGUAUAAAUUGUAAUCAGUGCGUGGCUAGAUACUACAGACCUCACGGAAAUCUACUCAAUUCAACGAAUGUAUGCGUCCCCUGCGUCUGCGAUUCGUACUAUUCUACCGGGUUAUGUUCCGAAGGUGACGGGACCUGUGAAUGCAAAGCCAAUUUUACAGGCCCUUAUUGUCAAAUGUGCAAUAAAGGAUAUUACGAUUUUCCAUCGUGCAAGCCUUGCGAAUGUUUUGGUAACGGAACAACCGGAGAAAUUUGUCAAUACCAAGACGGAUAUUGUCCGUGCAAAUACAAUUAUCAAGGAAAAUCAUGCCACCAAUGCACUCCGGGCUACUUCAACUUUCCGAAUUGCGAAAGGUGCGUGUGUGACAGAACUGGUUCAUUGGAUUACUUUUGCGAUCAAGGGUCGGGUCAGUGUAAAUGUCGAAACAAUUACGGGGGUUUGCAUUGCGACGCGUGCGCCGAUGGAUACUUCAAUUACCCCACUUGCGAGUUCUGUUCUUGUGAUACCAGCGGGACUGUUCCCGAAGUUUGCGAUAAAAGCAACAGUCAAUGUUUGUGCAAAAAGGGGUACACUGGCAGUAGGUGCGAAAAGUGCGAAACUGGGUUUUACGGGUAUCCCGAUUGUAAAAAGUGCAAAUGUAGCGAUAUCGGAUCUAUUGGAAACGAAUGUGAAAUCAGCGGACAAUGUUAUUGCAAAACCAACUUUUCCGGAAUUAAAUGUGAUCAAUGUGCCGCCGGAUAUCAUGAAUAUCCUGUCUGCAAAAGUUGUGAUUGCAAUGUGUACGGAUCUCAAGGUCGUAAUUGUGAUGAAACAGGAACUUGCUGGUGCAACCAUAAUUUUGAUGGCUCCAAGUGUAAAACUUGCAAGGAAGGAUUUUACAAUUUCCCUAUUUGUGAAGAGUGCAAUUGCGACCCAGCAGGUAUAAUUUACAAUUUUUUGGGGUGCGGAGCCAUGAAGGAUGGGGUUUUAUGCCAAUGCAAGCAACGAGUGAUGGGGCACAUAUGCGAUAAAUGCAAGCCUUUAUAUUGGAAUCUAAAGCUAUCCAAUCCACUCGGCUGUGAAGAUUGCGGUUGUGACCUUCGGGGAGUUAUAUCAGGUUACCGGGAUUGUGAUCCUCACAAUGGGCAGUGCGUGUGCAAGGCCAACGUUGAUUCGCGUACAUGUGGUGAAUGCAAGGAUGGCUUCUAUAAUUUAGAAAGGGGGAAUAUUUUCGGAUGCACAAGUUGUCAAUGUAAUCCAGGAGGUUCUCUAAACAAUGUAUGUGACAAAAAUACAGGACAAUGUCCUUGCUUGCCUAGGAUUGAUGGGAAAACUUGUGAUCGUUCCAUAGGAAAUCACUACAUACCUUUGUUAAAUCACCUAAGAUUCGAAUUGGAGGAUGGACGAAAUCCAGAUGGUAAUACCAGAGUGAGAUAUGCUUAUGAUGACAAUGUUUUCCCCAAAUAUUCUUGGAGGGGAUACGCCAUCUUCUCCGAACUUCAGCCAAAAAUAAUUAUGGAUGUAUCAAGCAUACCCCACGGUUUGUAUCGCUUAGUGGCGCGUUACGUGAAUCGCAACGACUACCCCGUAUUCAUGGAUGUUUCCGUUCGCAAUAGAUUGGGGCACGACCAACAUACCUUUCCCCACUUUCCUCGAGAUCCCUUCUAUAACCCUCAUCAAUUUCAAAUCACGUCCCGAGAAUAUACGCCCUCCGUAAUCCAAACAAAUGAGAUUACAUUAGACCCCAACACGAUUAUUAUCGAUAAAGCACAUCAUGGCUACGUUUCAUCACCUCGUUUUGUUUACGCUCAAACUCCAACAUCUACUUCACCGAAUAGCAUGGCCACUAAAUACAAGAUUCAAGAUGUUGCCGCUUCUAAAUCUAAAUCGGCGGCCUCGUUUGUCAUAGAUUCAAAUACUAUAGAAGUCAUAUUUGAGUUGAAAAAUCAUAAAGAUUCAGCUUUCAUGGAUUAUUUCACUCUUAUUCCAUCGGAAUAUUACGAAGCGGGUAAGUUGCAAUAUCAAAUUGAAGAUGUUUGCAAAUUGGAAGGUUCCAACAAACAAUUGUGCAGACAAUACACUUACCCACCCUUGGAUUCCUCUGACUACCCAGAAAUCAAAAUAACAUACGGUGAUCAAUCUUUUCUGUUAGACAAAACAGCUUACUGGAGAAAUCUGGCUGAAAUGACUGGUGAUAUAAAGUUGAUCCAGGGACUCAAUCUCACUAACGAUAUGGUUAAAUUGGAUUCUUCUCAAACCGAAGUUUAUUUCGAUUUCAAGCUGGAACCAAACGACUACAAUUUUAUCAUAACUUAUUAUUCCCCCGGAGAAAAAACUCCCGAAAAUUUAGAAACGUCUAUUAUAAAUCCGCAAACAAAGGAAGAGGUGAGCGGGCACGUAAUCCUUAACAAUUGCCAUAAUAAAUUGAUAUGUCGUCAAGUAGUUUUGAACAACGAAGGAAAAAUUCUCACGUAUAGCGUGAGACCUUCUUCUCAUCAAGGGCCAAAUCAGGUAAACCCUCAAUUAACCGAAGGGAAUGUGCAGAUCGGGUUUCGAAUGCUUUUAGACCCCGAUUACAUCCAACACUCUGGAAGGAAGGGUUCAGAUUUAGCCUUAGCAUCUGUUGUCGCUAUUCCCUCCAAAUAUUGGAACAUUGAUUUGGUCAAACCAACUCUCCUGUCUAUCAAUAAUAACGAACACGAAAUUAUCAGCAACUACGAUCAAAUUGGAACUUUCCGAUACGGAAUCGAAGAUGUGGAUAAGAACAUAUCCUCCUUGAAUUCGAAAACUAUAAAUUCUGUUAAUUACACUAAAAUUGCUGCCAAAAUGAAUCACACGAUAAAUGUCCUUCUGCCAAAAGCGGGCGAUUAUGUGAUUAUUUUAAAAUAUUAUCAAAAUCGUUAUCCAAGUUUUUCGGUUGGCAUAGAUAUUCAAGGGAAUAAGACUAAAAUAUUGGGCACGUUUGAUCUUGAGUAUUGCCCUAACGAAGAUGGAUGCUAUGCUAUUUUUAAGGAUAAAACUUUGCAGCAUGUUUUUGGUCUCCCGGAAACUUUCAACUUAACUAUCUUCCACCAAAGUCCCUACCUAUUUUGGCUGAACAACAUAAUAUUCAUGCCCAGCGAUUUAUACCGUAACAGUUGGGUCAAUCAUCAGCCUAUCGACCAAACACAUCGAUUUAUAGAGGGAUGCGAAAAGGUUUUCUUGGAUGAGGAUACCCUUUCUCAGAACCCGUUCUGCAAGAAGGCCAUAUUUUCCCUUUCCACCGAUUUUAACUUAGGAGCCAAGCAAUGUAACUGCGAUAAUCAGGGGUCUAUAAGUUACAGUUGCAAUCCCGUAGGAGGUCAGUGCCAAUGCAAAGACAAUAUUAUAGGACGCACUUGUUUGAGAUGCAAAUCUGGCUAUUUCGGUUUUCCUAAUUGUCGAAAGUGUCCAUGUCCAUUUUCACUUUGUGACGAGGUCACGGGUAAAUGCUUAUGCCCACCCAGAGUCAAAGGGGUUAGAUGCGAUAAUUGCGAGCCCAAAACAUUUGGUUACGAUCCUAUCAUAGGCUGCGAACCUUGCGACUGUAAUCAAGCCGGAGUUUUAAACGCAGAAAAUUUGGACUGCGACCUCUUGACUGGCCAAUGCGGUUGUAGACCCAACGUUAUAAAUCGUAAUUGCAGUCAAUGCCAAGUGGGAACUUACGGGUUCCCUUAUUGUCAGAGCUGCAACUGUGAUUCUAGAGGGGUUACCGAGGAUUAUUGUGAUCAAUACACUUCCGCGUGCUAUUGCAAAGAAAAUACAGAAGGUCCUAGAUGUAGUAAAUGCAAACCAGGUACGUUUUUAUUGGAGGGUAUAAAUCCGAAAGGCUGCACGAAUUGCUUCUGCUUUGGCGUCACACAGAUUUGUGAAAAUUCUGAUCUUUAUUGGAAUGAUUUGGUGGUGUUGUAUGAUUGGAAGAUCGCAAAUGUAAGUGAAGACCUUUCAAUAUCUUCGUUGCGCGUUGACCCAAACCAGCGUACUCUGAUAAUAAAAGAUUUGUUGAAAUAUGCUAACCAGGAUGGUGUUUAUUUAUCCGCGCCAUCUCAAUAUUUAGGAAACAAGAUCAAAUCAUAUGGAGGAAUCUUGUCAUACGAAUUAUAUAUAAGAGCAGAUGACUCUUACAACAAUGUCAUAAUACACCCCACUCUCUUAUUGAAGGGUGCUAACAUGAGCAUCGCUCAUUACAGUGAUCAUCAGCCUAUACCUAAUGCCCCCUAUCACAUUAAAGUGAUAUUGAGUGAAAUGAUGUUCGAACAUAGUUAUGAAACGUCUCAUUUUCAGCACUAUAAUAAAAGACAAAUCUUUAAAACGGUAACGAGAGAGCAAAUGAUGGUAAUUUUGUCAUCACUCGAAGAAAUCCUUGUCCUGGUUCAUUAUUUUCCAAACAAUUUUGAAACUCAUUUCAAAAACCCCCUAAUGGAAAUCGCUCUUAGCUCAUCAAACCCAGGUUCAAUUCGGGAUGAGAACAGAUUAGCCUUAAGCGUAGAAAGAUGCAAGUGUCCUAUUAAUUAUGCCGGAACCUCCUGUGAAUUAUGCGGUCCUGGCUUUUACAGAAAAUCUACCAAUAUUUCGAAAGGCUUAGCCUCAUUGGUAAUAGGAGGCCUGUGCAUGCCUUGUCAAUGCAAUGGUCACUCGGAUGUUUGCGAAGAUGAGACUGGCAAGUGUUUAUCUUGUAAUCACCACACCACAGGCGAUAACUGUGAACUUUGUAAACCUAGUUACUAUGGAGACGCCACGAUGGGGACGCCUAAUGAUUGUCAUAUAUGUCCUUGCCCUUUGCCGCUUGUUUCCAAUAACUUUGCGACCUCUUGCGAAAUAAAGGAUGUAGGACAGCGUUAUACCGUGAUAACAUGCAAAUGCAAAGAUAACUAUGUGGGCAUGAAUUGUGAACGGUGUGCUCCGGGUUAUUUCGGCCAACCUUUCAAAGUAAACGAGAGCUGUAAACCCUGCCAAUGUAACCAAAACUUAGAUAUGUCGAAUCCCGAAGCGUGCGACUCUGUGAAUGGUGUUUGUUUGGUUUGCGGCAAAAAUACGGCCGGCCCAUCUUGCAAUUUAUGUUCCCCUGGUCAUUUCGGUAAUGCUAUCACCGGAAAAUGCGAAAGGUGUUCUUGUAAUAUGUGCGGUUCUAAUUGCGACACUUUGACGGGAAGAUGCGUUUGUCACGACAAAGUAGUGGGGCCACAAUGCGAUAAAUGCGCGCCUGGAUUUUAUGAUUUCGAUAGUUGCGUUGGCUGUAUGGCUUGUAAUUGUUCAUCAGGAGCGGUAUCACAUGAAUGCGAUCUCACAACUGGACAAUGUGAAUGCAAGCCCGGGACGACUGGAAAAUAUUGUGAAAAAUGCUUGAACGGAUUCUGGAAUUAUGGAUUGAAUGGAUGCACACCCUGUGAAUGUGCAUCUCUCGGGUCUGUUGGUAUACAAUGCGAUGCGAAAACCGGUCAAUGCAGUUGCUUAUCAGGUGUAACUGGAGAAAAAUGUGAUCAAUGUGAGGCGCGUCACAUAUUGAUGCCCAAUCAAGGAUGCCAGCCGUGCGAUAAUUGCGUGCACACUCUGCUGGAUGAUGUAGAGUUACAAGCUCGAAACCUGAAAGAAAUUAUGGCCGAUAUGAACGAAAUAUCGGAAGGAAUUUUUGCAACAAAAAGGCUUACACAAAUUAAUAACACUAUAAUGCAUUUGAGGCCACUCAUGCAAAAUAUAAUAGGAGGGGAUACAACAAUGUUUGGUCAAGAUGGCCAUAGCAUGGUGACGAAAAGAUUUCGCGAUAGUACCAAAGAAAAAUCGGUCGAUAAAAUAGACAUCGAUCCAGUGAAAGGGGCGUUGCUUAGCCUAAACGUUCAAUCACAAUAUAUUCAAGGAAAAGUUGAUAACUUAGAAAGUAAUUCUCAAAGCACCAAAGCUAAGUUACACAACCUCACCGAAGGAAUAAGAAAUACCGAAGAUCUCCUUUCCGAACUUCACAGAUCAAUAUAUAAUGCAAUUAUUAGGACAUCCAAUGUCGAAAAUGCCAUCAAACUCAAUAGAAUUCAGGGUAACACCGACGCAUUAUUAGAACAAGCUCAAAGAAUGUUUCAAUUUUUGGAUCAUAUUUCUUUUAAUUCCUCAGAACUCGAACUUCGCGAUGAGAUUGAUAAAGUCUAUGAAUUAUUGUACAAAGUUCAAUUUCUUGAAUUCGCUCCAAAACAACUUGAAGAAAGUAUAGUAUCUUUGAUGAAAGAAUUAGGACAAUCAAUGGAUAAGAUGCGGGAAAUUAUCAAUUUUAGUACUGAAUCCACUAAUACGACUAAGAGUGUUCAAGACAUACUCAUGCAAUUAAAUCCAUCAGAGAUCAAACAAUUAGUUGCUGAUGCAUCUUCAGAAAAAUUAGAAUUAGCGGAUGUUUUAAAAGAAGCUGCCAAAUUAUUAGUCGAAACGAAAUCGGCUUAUAUAAAUGCUUCGAAAAACAUUCAACAGUUGGAACAAAUCAUCAAAAUAUCGGAUACUAACAUCAAGAGGCUACAAAAAGAUUUUAUGUUGGAAAGCAACUCACAAACUCCUCCAAUCGAUCAAGGGAAUGCGGCGAGUAAAUAUUUUAAUUUCGAACCCGAAUUAUCUAAGAUCAAUGACCACACCCAGAAUCUCGAGAGAGAGGCCGAUAACCUUGUCAAAAUAUUCACACCUACACGAAAAGCAGCUGACCCAGCUAAAAAGGCCGCAACCGUUUACGAAACCAUAACCGAACUCAUCACCAACGCAUCCUGGAAGGCGAAUUCCGCGGAAAUAGAGGUUCAGUCAUCCGAAGCGUUUGGAAAGGAGGAGGAUCUCUUUUUCGGAAAUGGUAGUCGGCAAAUCUUUAUAAACAGUAGGGAGACAUUGGCUAGGGCUAGAGAAGCCAGCAAUAACGUUGAAUUUUCUUCCAGAGAUAAUAUAGUAGAACUGAAAACCGAGUUGGAGCAAAACGAAGAUAGAUUAUCCGAACUAGCACGUGAAACCGAAAUUUUGGAGGAAAAUCUUAAAAUUACAAUCGAAUCUCACAACAACCUUGAGAAUUUGGGGGAAGUCAAGAACGCCACUUAUGAACUGUCUAGAAUAUAUCAAGUUCUCCAUAAAACUGAUCAAAUUAGCGAUCGCUUUAAAAAUUUGUCCAGACACCUGAAUUUAACUAUGGAUAUGCUUAAAUCGACUCCAAGCUAUUUGACAUCCAAAGGGGGUGAAGAAAUGAUGGGGCAAAUACGGGACGUGGUAGACAUAUUGCCCAAAAUCGCCAAUAGUGCCUCUCUAUUAGAAAACAGGAUCAAGCAUAUGGAUCAAUCUAAUAGGGUUUUGGAGGAUGAGAUAGAUUCUUUAUUCAAAAUGAUCAGUCAAGCACGAGUGCAAGCCGAACAAAUCAAUCUAGGCGUGGCGACUACUGGAUCCCAAUAUAUUGUUUUGAAAAAUCCGGAACAUUUGACGGAAGCUACAUCCCAUACCAAUUUGGAAGGUUAUUUUAAAACAGGGGCUAAAAAUGGACUUCUUUUUUACGCUGGCUUACCAUAUUCUCCCCUAUCAAGUUCUCAGGAUUUUUUUGCUCUAUUGAUCGAAAACGGAUAUCCGAAAUUUUAUUUUGAUCUCGGUAAUGGACCGGCUGUAAUUACGAGCGGAAAAUAUGCUGCAGAUAAUCGUUGGCAUAAAUUUCAAGCAGAACGUGCUGGGACUAAAGGAAAACUGAUAAUAAAUUCUAAACCAACAUUAUCCAACGAGCAAAAGAAUAGACACAUAGCUGAUGAUAUUGAUAUCGCCCAAGGCUCGGCCAUGGGCCCCAACAAUAUUCUCAAUUUUGAUAACAAUAAUACCAAAAUAUAUGUCGCAGGCCUACCCCUCAAUGCAAAAUUGGCGGAUAUUUUAGGUAAUCCUAGAAAUUUUAAAGGAUGCUUGGAUUCUCUAAUGCUGAAUCGACAGUUAUUAAGUCUAUGGAAUUUCGCAGAAGCAAGUGAUGGUAUAAAAGCGUGUAAAGAACGCGAGGUGUGGUUUAACGAGGUCUACGAAUCGAAGUCCAUUUAUUCCCAUGCCAAUAAUUCAACUUAUCAUGUUUCGACUCAAAAAAUCGAUCAUCUUAGUAAGCCAAAAUCUUAUCAGCACGAACACGGAUUGGGCACUAGCAAAGCUUACAAUUUUGACGGGACCGAUUUCACAACUGUAUCGAAAGGAAAAUAUAAUCCCAUGAAUCGAAGUCAUUUAGGAUUGAGCUUUAAAAGCUUCUCUCCUAACGGACUAAUCUUAUACGCGAAGGGAUAUAACAAUUACCCGAAAGAUUAUUUAGCAAUCGAAAUGAACGACGGUUUGAUAUUAUACCAUUUCAACCUUGGUUCAGGAUCCACAGUUUUAGUAACAACAGUUAGGGUCGAUGAUGGUGAGUGGCAUACGCUAGAGGCCGAUCGUGACGGAAAAAUCGCGCUUUUGAAGUUGGAUGGAGAAGAGGUCGCUAAAACGGAAUCUCCCGGAUCGCACAAACAUUUACAGAUACAAGAGGACAUUUAUAUCGGAGGCGUGCCAGAUAGUCUCGCAUCCAGUUUGGGGUUGACUCAUAAAAAAUUUAAAGGUUGUUUAAUGAAUAUUCAGCUAGGAAAAAAUUACAUCGAUUUUGGGAAUAAACCCCAUCCCGGAGUUUCUCUCGGUUGUUCAUCUAUAAAUAGCGCAUUAGUUAACUUUCCACCUUAUUCGAAAGGUUAUAUCCAAUUACCGAUUGGAUACAUUAAUUAUUCGAUAAAAUUGAAUAUGAGAUUCAAAACUUUGAGCGAAAGUUCGUUGUUAGUGUUUUCCGCCAAUCAAGAUAGGAGCGACGUUUUUGCCCUCGUCAUAUUGAAUGGCAAUGUGGUACUAAUAAGUAAAAAUAAUCAGAAUACUUACACUCUAUCAACUUAUGAUGCGAAUAAAAGUUUCAACGACGGGCAGUGGCAUAAUUUAAACGCUAUCAAAAAUGAAACAAGUAUUAUGAUACAGAUAUCAUAUUUAGUCCGACUUAUAAUUUUAACGAAAUUAUUCGGGGAAUGGGGUCGAGAUAUCAAUCAACAAUUUGAUGGAGAAUGUUUACUCCCUUUGAAACCAGCUAAACUUUCUGCAUCAGAAAUAGAUGCUGAUACAGGAUUUAGUUUUCAAGAGCCUGGAAGUAGAUUAGAAUACGAUAGUCCUCCUGCUAAACACAAAUUUAGGCACGAAUUUUCGAUCAAAAUAAAAACCCAAGAACCUUCUGGAAUAAUAUUUUACGUUGCUAAUAACAACCAAAGGGAUUACAUAUACUUGGGAUUGGAUUCUGGACUCUUAGUCUAUGCUUUUAUUACUAAUAGUACACCUUGUAUUAUAAAAUCUCCCGUAGAGAGCAAACGACUAGAUGAUGACACCUGGCAUAGCAUAAUUUUCAAAAGGGAAGCAGGGAAAGGUGAGUUAAUAGUUGACAAGGAAUUGUCAGGUACAUGCAAAGCUGAAAAUGCGCCAAGAACAUUAAAUAUAAGUGCUCCAUAUUUUGUGGGUGGAAUACCUCAGUAUAUCGCUCAAACAGCUGACAUGUCGAUUAUCAAGCAAAACUAUAACUAUAAAGGUUGCAUAAAGCAAAUCAUGUUAAAUUCGAUACCAUUAGGUAUUCCAACGAGGCAAUAUAAUAUUGAUAAAUGUUAUGCCUUAGCCGAACCCGGUGUAUUCUUCCCAGGAAAGAAAUCCUAUGUUAUAAUCGAUGAUUUUUCGGUAGAAGAAAUCUUAAACAUCAAGGUCGAAAUAAAACCACGUAUUAUGACAGGGACCAUAUUUACCAUAACGUCCAUGGAAGGUCUCUAUAUGAAUUUGCAACUUGACCACGGUGAUUUGGUAUUUAGCUUUGAUAUGGGACACGGUCCCGUCAAGACUACAUUUCCUAAAUUGAAGAGCGACAUAAACAUUUGCGAUGGACGGUGGCAUUCUAUAGAAGCUAUAAAAGCCCAAAAUAUAGCGACUUUGAGUUUGGAUGGUAAGUUCGUUGAACCCACUGAAAAUUACCAAGAUCUAUUGAAAGUAUUAAAGGGGAAAUUGUACAUGGGAGCAGUGCCAGACGAUUAUAUGGGGAACCCUGGGCUUAAAAACAGAAAUUCUUAUGUAGGUUGCAUUAAAGAGAUAUCCUUCAAUGCUCAAGUUGUAAAUUUAUCGGAAAAAGAGAGGAAUGGAGAUAUUAGUUUGAAAUCAUGCCCUAUUACAUAA